AUGGAUGGUUUGAUCUCAGGAUCUGAUUCGGAACUGCUGAAAUGGUUUGCACAAGCUGAGCUAAUACACAGCAGAUGGGCAAUGCUUGCUGUGUCUGGAAUUCUGAUUCCAGAAUGGCUAGAAAGUCUAGGGUUUAUUGAGAAGUUCUCUUGGUACGAUGCAGGAGCACAAGAAUACUUUGCAGAUUCCACAACUCUGUUUGUGGUGCAAUUGGGGCUAAUGGGUUGGGUUGAAGGACGGAGAUGGGCAGACAUAAUAAAACCAGGGUGCGUGGAUAUAGAACCGAGUUUUCCACAUAAGAAGAAGCCAGAGGUCGAUGUUGGCUAUCCAGGCGGGCUUUGGUUCGACCCUUUGAUGUGGGGUAGAGGGUCACCGGAGCCAGUGAUGGUUCUUAGGACUAAAGAGAUCAAGAAUGGUCGGCUUGCCAUGCUUGCAUUCAUUGGGUUUGUUUUUCAGGCAAUUUAUACAGGACAAGGCCCUUUAGAGAAUCUUUCAGCUCAUAUUGUUGAUCCAGGACACUACAAUGUCUUCUUGGGUUUCCAUUUUCAGAAUAUAUAUAAAGGUGUGGAAUCUGCGAAGUAUUCUUGUGCUCCUGCAUCGUACCAAGAGAACUUCUCAAUAAACCCCAGACUUUCUAGCCAUUCUGGAAUCAGAAUUCCAGACACAGCAAGCAUUGCCCAUCUGCUGUGUAUUAGCUCAGCUUGUGCAAACCAUUUCAGCAGUUCCGAAUCAGAUCCUGAGAUCAAACCAUCCAUUUAA